AUGUAGCAGCCAUUAAAGGAUCUUUUAAGUUUUCUGCUUUAGCUCUGCAACAGUAGCUCGCUCAUCAAACUUCAAUUCGACUUUCUGCUUCUUUUUCUUAUCAGAUUUGUCCAAAUGCUGAUUUGAAUGUCUCAAUAUAUUGACAAUUACAAGGUCCAGAAAACGUCGAUGUCUACAGCUUUUCUCUCUAUCUGAUCGGAUUUUCAGGAAAAAUGAAGUCGAAGACUCGUUUGGACUCCGCCGUAUUUCAACUCACGCCAACAAGAACAAGGUGUGAUCUAUACAUCAUCGCAAAUGAUAAGAAAGAGAAGAUCGCUUCUGGUUUGCUGAACCCUUUUAUUGCGCACCUAAAGACAGCUCAGGAUCAGAUUGCAGAAGGUGGUUAUUCAGUUUUGCUUCAACCAGAAUCUGGCAGUAAUGCAACAUGGUUUACAAAGUGUACAGUUGAAAGUUUUGUUCGCUUUGUGAGCACCCCGGAGAUUCUUGAACGUGUCUACACUAUAGAAUCUGAAAUCCUACAGAUAGAAGAAGCAAUUGCCAUUCAAGGAAACAAUGAUAUUAUGAUAGAAGACCAACAUGUAAAGCCUCUAGCAAUGUCAGUCAAUGAAGGUAACAAACCUGGACAUGAUACUGAUGAGGAUAAGGCAAUUGUCCUUUACAAGCCUGGUGUUCAGGAGACAAGCAGUUCCAGUGGCAAGGAGGGAAAUUCAAAAGUCCAGCUCUUAAAUGUUCUUGAGACACGCAAAACAGUGCUGAAGAAAGAACAAGGCAUGGCUUUUGCACGUGCUGUAGCUGCUGGAUUUGAAAUUGACCAUGUGGCAAAUUUGUUAUCUUUUGCUGAAUGUUUCGGUGCAUCACGUCUAAUGAGUGCUUGUUUGAGGUACAUGGAUUUAUGGAAGCAGAAACAUGAUUCAGGACAAUGGGUUGAAAUAGAACCAGAAGAUGCAAUUUCCACCAGAUCAGAUUAUUCUGCCAUGAAUGCAUCUGGAAUUGUGCUUUCAAGUCAUAAUAAUGAACUCAGAAGUGAGGCUACAACUCCAGAAACUAAAGAAAAAACAUCCAGUGAUCCAAAUGCAGCUGGUCAACAACAAUAUCAUACAGGACAAUUUCCCCAUCCAGCUUUUCCUCCAUGGGCAAUGCAUUCUUCCCCUGGUUAUCAAGCAUAUCAUAUGCAAGGAAUGCCUUACUAUCAACAUUAUCCAGGAAAUGGUCCAUUUUACCCUCCACCCUACCCACCAAUGGAGGAUCCCUAUAGAAUUGAACAAAAGAGGCAAUCCAUGGAUAACCUUGAUUCUGAAGAAAGUUCAGAACAACAUAAAAAUACAGGAAAAAUGAAAUCAGGGAAGGUGGUUAUUCGUAAUAUUAACUUCAUCAACUCAAAAAGACAAGAUUCCUCAGAAGAUGAUGAGUCAGCUUCUGACACUGAUCCCGUGAGUGAUGCAAUUGCAAAUAAAAAAACCUUAAGAUCCCCAAAGAGAAAAGGUAAAAAAGAAACCGAAUCUGAUAAUGGCCAUUGGGAUGCAUUUCAAAGUUUUAUACUCAAAGGAGCUGCAGAAGAUGGAAAGGAAUCCAAUGAAGAUAUGUUUUCCAUGGAAAGGAAUCGGAAUCAGAAUCCCCAAAAAAGACAACAAAAAACCAUGUCUGGUGAUGAUCCAUUAGUUCAUAGAGGACAUGAUGACAAUAUCCAAGGGGACAAAAUCGAUAUGCAAUCAUAUGAAAGAAAUGGAAGAAAGAUUGUUUACAGGAAUGGAAAUGAUGAUGAAUUCAUGGUAGGUGGAAGAGCACAAGCAAAUGUAAGGAAUUCGUUAGAUCCAUUGGCUGAUUCCAGGUUUGAGGAUCGGAAUGGAAUUGACUUACAUGGGAAUACAGAUGAAGCAUUAAUGGUUUCCAUCCGAUCAUCUUCUGGUGUAAAUGACAAUAGAAUUACAACCAUCAACAUGGAUUAUGACCUCUCAUCAAGAAGUCAAAAUCCAGAAAACAAAGUCAACUAUGAGCCACAUGACUUAAGCUUGAUGCCUGAACGAGGUGUUGAAGAUAGGUCAAUAGGGUAUGAUCCUGCUCUAGACUACGAAAUGCAAUUAGCUGAAGAUGAGAAAAGGAGAAAAGAGAGUUUGAUUGAUGUCAAGAAAGGAUCCAAAAGUGCAGAAAAGAUCCAAAGGUCAAAAGUUAAUGGGGAUAAGAAGCUUGUGGGACCCAUAAGGAAGGGUAAAUCAUCAAAGGUGAAUAGUACUUUAGAGGAUGCAAAAGCACGUGCUGAAAAACUAAGAUCUUUCAAAGCUGAUCUCCAGAAAAUGAAGAAAGAACAGCAAGAUGCAGAACUUAAAAGACUUGAAGGUCUAAAGAUAGAAAGGCAAAAGAGAAUUGCUGCAAGAGCCAAUUCCAAUUCCAAUUCCCAUUCCCAUUCCAAUUCCAAUUCCAAUUCCAUUUCCACUAGAAAAUCAUUACCAUCAAAACUUUCCCCUAUGUCCCACAAAUCAUCAAAGUUCACAGAUUCAGAACCCGGAUCGUCAUCUCCUCUACAAAGAUCCAAAAUAAGAUCCAUAGGAUCCACAAAUUCAAAGAAACCCACAACAAACAGCAAAUUAACUGAAGGGAGUAGCAGCAACAGGAUGACGAAAUCCAUGUCAUCAAUGUCUGACACAAAGAAAGAAGUCAACUCCAUUGUUACUCCUGAUUCAAAAGCUUCCAUUACACGUAUUAGAAGACUAUCAGAGCCAAAAAAGAUCAACAACAACAGCACUCAUCCUACAACUACUACUUUAUUGAAAACACGGAGUGCAGAAAUUGUUUCUAAAACAAAAUUAUCAAAUGGGCCUGAAAUUAAAAAGAUUUCUGCUAUCAUGAGCCUUGAUCAAAGUAAGGCUGCGAGUUUACCAGAGCUGAAGAUCAAAACAUCUAAAGUGUCUUCGAAUUUAAGUGAAAAGUUUUCGAAAAUGAAGGAGGAGAAAGACAAAGUUUCCGGAGUUGCUAAAGUGAAUUUGAAUGAAAAAUUGUUGAUCGAUGAGAAUCCUAUGAUUGAUAAGAGUGUUGUAAUGCUUGAACAUAAGCAGCCUUCUUCAGUAACUUGUAGGGUAAGUAAGAAGUUUGAGGAAGAUUGUGUAGGCAUUCAAAAGGUGGAAGUUGUUGAUAAGGAGACCAUUUCAAUCCACCCGAGUUCUUGUGAGGUGAGGAAAAAUUCAGAAAUGGUGGAAAGUUCAGGGGAAAAAAGCUACCAAGCACCUGUUGCACGUGUGUCAUCUUUUGAAGAUCCAUCAACUAGAAACUCAGAAUACGCAAAAGCACCUCAGCCUCAGACAAAUUUUGUGGGUGGGGGAACUGAAAAAGCAUAUAUAUCUGAUUUUAACAACUUGAAAUUGGAAAAGAUCCCUGAAGUCCUUGAAAAGCCUCAAGUUAAAGAAGUGAAAGGAUUCAGACGACUUUUGAAACUUGGGAAAAAAAACCAUACCCCUUCAGAUACUGCAAGUGGGAAUGAUGUUGCUUCCUCAGGUGGAGUUCAUACAUUGAAGACCUUAAUUGCUGAAGAUCGAGCUCCCACUCAUGGUCAAAAGUCUUCAAGACACUUCUCGUUGUUAUCAUCCUUCCGUGGGGAAAAGAAGCCAACACCAUGAACAUGAACAUGAACAUGAGCAUGAAAUUAAGGAUAUAGCUUCUAUGUAAUAUUUUUAGUCGAAAGUUUUGGAUCAUGUAUAUUUAAAUCUUUUAGAUUCAACAAAAUAUUAUAUUUGUGUCUAUAAUGUAUCGGUUUUCAUUCUAAC